GCGGGCUGGCGGCGGGCGCCCCAGCCACCCAGCCGGCUGGCCGCGACCGAGGCUGGCGUUUUGUUCUUGUUUUGGGAUGGGCAGGAGGGGAGCCGGGAGGGUUUUUGUCGAGUCUUACCCCAUUUUAGUCUCGUGGAAAGAAAACUUUCCGAGCGAUCUCCUUGGGAGCCGACGCUGGAGCCUUCCCGACCCACUCAGAUUCCACGCGGACUCGGGAGGAAGGGGACCGCUUUCUGCCGCGGGCCUCGCUCGCUGCCAAGAAGCCGGCCUUUGUUUUUGAAGUCUGGAGAGAUGGACGAAGACGGUGCCGUCAGUUGAAGCCCGAAGAAGGAAUCAUCAGGGCAUCCUGCGGGGGCUUCAUCAAAACAUUGCCUCCCUGGCCCAUUAUUGGUUUCCCUGGCCCUGUCUCUCCUCGGAGCCUGGUGUGGAAUUAUUACCCUUUUUGCUGUGUGGCAGCCUUUCCCCCCAAUGUGGACUCCAAAGGAUUGGCCCCUUCUUUGUGAUUUGAAAUGAAAUGAUGGCCACACGUCGGACUGGUCAGCCGGAGGGAGAUGGUGACACGCUGAAGGCCCACGGGUCCCCCGCCUGUGAGGUGUCAAAAAAUAAAGAUGGAAAAGAACAAAGUGGAACUGCAUCACCAUCCGAAGAUGAAGCGUUCUCCUGGCCAGGUCCCAAAACAGUUAUGUUGAAAAGAACAUCUCAAGGCUUUGGUUUUACAUUAAGGCAUUUUAUUGUUUAUCCCCCAGAGUCUGCAAUUCAGUUUUCAUAUAAGGAUGAAGAAAAUGGCAACAGAGGAGGAAAACAAAGAAACCGCUUGGAACCAAUGGACACCAUAUUUGUUAAGCAGGUUAAAGAAGGAGGACCUGCUUUUGAGGCCGGAUUAUGCACAGGUGACCGAAUUAUAAAAGUCAAUGGAGAAAGUGUUAUUGGAAAGACCUAUUCCCAAGUAAUUGCUUUAAUUCAGAACAGUGAUACAACAUUGGAACUUAGUGUUAUGCCAAAAGAUGAAGACAUUCUCCAAGUGCUACAAUUUACAAAGGAUGUCACAGCUCUGGCAUAUUCUCAAGAUGCCUACCUGAAAGGCAAUGAAGCCUACAGUGGCAAUGCCCGCAAUAUCCCCGAACCUCCACCAGUCUGCUAUCCCUGGCUGCCAUCUGCCCCUUCAGCCAUGGCAGCGCCAGUUGAAGUAUCUCCUCCAGACUCCUCAUCCAGCAAACAGCAGACCAGUACCCCAGUACUGACCCAACCUGGCAGGGCCUAUAGAAUGGAAAUACAAGUGCCUCCAUCACCAACAGACGUUGCAAAGUCAAACACAGCGGUGUGUGUUUGCAAUGAGAGUGUGAGGACUGUCAUUGUACCUUCUGAGAAGGUUGUAGAUUUGUUACCUAAUAGAAACAACCAUACAGUUCCUUCACACAGAACUGAAGAGGUGAGGUAUGGCGUAAGUGAGCAGCCCUCUUUAAAAACAGUGUCAAGAACCACAUCACCAUCAUCAUCCAUUCCCACUGCCCACCUAAUUCAUCAGACUUCAGGCUCCAGAUCGUUGGAACCUUCUGGAAUUUUACUCAAGUCUGGCAAUUACAGUGGACAUUCAGAAGGAAUCUCAAGCAAGAGAUCUCAAGCUUUGGAUUCUCCUUCUGUAUCUGUUAAUCAUUAUUCUCCAAAUUCCCAUCAGCACAUAGACUGGAAAAACUAUAAAACUUACAAAGAGUAUAUUGAUAACAGACGAUUGCACAUGGGUUGUCGGACAAUUCAAGAAAGAUUAGAUAGUUUAAGGGCAGCAUCUCAGAGCACAACAGAUUAUAACCAGGUGGUACCGAACCGCACGACUUUGCAGGUACGACGCCGCAGCGCCUCUCAUGACCGAGUGCCCCAGUCUGUUCAGAUCCGACAACGCAGUGUGUCCCAGGAGAGGCUGGAGGACUCCGUGCUAAUGAAGUAUUGUCCACGCAGCGCGUCGCAGGGGGCACUGACAGCCCCACCUGUUAGUUUUAGCAAUCAUAGGACUCGUUCAUGGGAUUAUAUCGAAGGACAGGGUGAAACCUUGGAAAACGUCACUUCUGAAAGUCAAAUGCCAGAUUCAAAUGGAGAAAGAAAACAGACGUAUAAAUGGAGUGGAUUUACUGAGCAGGACGAUAGACGAGGCAUUUACGAAAGACCUAGGCAGCAAGAAAUCCACAAAUCUUUCCGAGGUUCCAAUUUUACCGUGGCUCCGAGUGUUGUUAAUUCUGAUAUUAGGCGAACGAGUGGCAGAGGAGUGGGAUCUGUGUCUCAGUUUAUAAAAAUUCCACCAGAUCUGAAAACAGUGCAGUCAAACAGAAGUUUUCAAACCACUGGUGGAAUGUCACUGCCUCAAGGUAUUUCACAAAACAGGUCACCUCUUGUCAAAGUCAGAAGUAAUUCUCUGAAAGCACCUUCGAUGCAGGUCACAAAACCAUCAUUUAACCAGAAUUCAUUUGUUUCUAUCAAAGACCAAAGACCAGUAAAUCACUUGCAUCAAAACAGUCUGUUGAAUCCGCAGACGCGGUUAAGAUCUGAAAGUGUCCCCGGUCAGCAGGUGGAGCCUGGGAAAGCCCCCUGCCUGCCUGGAGCUUCUAAGUCUGCCCCUCAGGUGAAUGAGAACUCCGGCACUUCAGAAGGAGAAUUACCUGUCACUCAAAGGAGCCAAGAUGUACAUUUGCAAGCGGCUGAAAUUCAGCAGUCAGAUACUUUAGAUAAUAAAGAAACUGUCAUCCUAAGAGAAAAACCUCCUUCUGGUCGCCAAACACCGCAGCCUUUAAGGCAUCAGUCUUACAUCUUGGCAGUAAAUGACCACGAGACCGCAUCCGACACUACCUGCUGGCUGCCUAACGAUGCGCGCCGAGAGGUCCAUAUAAAAAGGAUUGAGGAAAGGAAGGCCUCCAGCACCAGUCCGCCUGCUGACUCCUUGGCCUCCAUCCCAUUCAUAGAUGAACCAACUAGCCCUAGCAUUGAUCAUGAUAUUGCGCAUAUCCCUGCUUCUGCUGUCAUCUCAGCCUCUACCUCUCAAGCACCCUCUCUAGCAACAGUCCCUCCCAGCCUUACAACUUCAGCUCCUUUAAUUCGACGUCAGCUCUCCCAUGACCAGGAAUCUGUUGGACCUUCCAGCCUGGACGGCCAGCCCAACUCAAAGACAGAAAGAUCAAAAUCAUAUGAUGAGGGCCUAGAUGAUUACAGAGAAGAUGCAAAGUUGUCUUUUAAGCACAUAUCCACCCUGAAGGGAAACAAGAUGACAGACAGCCAGAAGUCAUCAGAAGACUCUGGAUCCAGAAAAGACUCUUCCUCAGAGGUUUUCAGUGAUGCUGCGAAGGAGGGCUGGCUCCAUUACCGGCCACUUGUCACCGAUAAGGGCAAGCGAGUUGGUGGGAGUAUUCGUCCAUGGAAGCAGAUGUAUGUUGUACUUCGGGGCCAUUCACUUUACUUGUACAAAGAUAAAAGAGAACAGAUGAUUCCAUCUGAAGAAGAACAACCCAUCAGUGUGAAUGCUUGCUUAAUAGACAUCUCAUACAGUGAGACCAAGAGGAAGAAUGUGUUCCGACUUACCACAUCAGACUGUGAAUGCCUCUUUCAGGCGGAAGACAGAGACGAUAUGUUAGCUUGGAUCAAGACCAUCCAGGAGAGCAGCAACCUAAAUGAAGAGGACACUGGUGUUACUAACAGGGAUCUAAUUAGUCGAAGAAUAAAAGAAUAUAACAGUCUGAUGAGCAGCAAAGCGGAACAGUUGCCCAAAACGCCUCGCCAGAGCCUCAGCAUCAGGCAGACCUUGCUUGGUGCCAAAGCCGAGCCAAAGACACAAAGUCCACAUUCUCCCAAGGAGGAGUCAGAGAGGAGACUGCUCAGUAAAGAUGAAACCAGCCCCCCAAAAGACAAAGGCACAUGGAGAAAAGGCAUCCCGAGUAUUAUGAGAAAGACUUUUGAAAAAAAGCCUACUGCUACCGGAACGUUCGGGGUCAGAUUGGACGAUUGCCCGCCAGCUCAUACCAAUCGGUAUAUUCCAUUAAUAGUUGACAUAUGUUGCAAAUUAGUUGAAGAAAGAGGUCUUGAAUAUACAGGUAUUUAUAGAGUUCCUGGAAAUAAUGCAGCCAUCUCAAGCAUGCAAGAAGAACUCAACAAGGGAAUGGCUGAUAUUGAUAUACAAGAUGAUAAAUGGCGAGAUUUGAAUGUGAUAAGCAGUUUACUAAAAUCCUUCUUCAGAAAACUCCCUGAACCUCUCUUCACAAAUGAUAAAUAUGCCGACUUUAUUGAAGCUAAUCGGAAAGAAGAUCCUCUAGAUCGUCUGAAAACGUUGAAAAGACUAAUUCACGAUUUGCCAGAACAUCAUUAUGAAACACUUAAGUUUCUUUCGGCUCAUCUGAAGACAGUGGCAGAAAAUUCAGAAAAAAAUAAGAUGGAACCAAGAAACCUAGCAAUAGUUUUUGGCCCAACUCUGGUGAGAACGUCUGAAGAUAACAUGACGCACAUGGUCACCCACAUGCCCGACCAGUACAAGAUCGUCGAGACGCUUAUCCAGCACCAUGACUGGUUUUUCACAGAAGAAGGUGCUGAAGAACCUCUUACAGCAGUGCAGGAGGAAAACACAGUGGACUCCCAGCCAGUGCCAAACAUAGAUCACUUACUCACCAACAUUGGAAGGACAGGCGUGUCCCCUGGAGAUGUAUCAGAUUCAGCUACUAGUGACUCAACAAAAUCUAAGGGUUCUUGGGGAUCCGGAAAAGAUCAGUAUAGCAGGGAACUGCUUGUGUCCUCCAUCUUCGCUGCUGCUAGUCGCAAGAGGAAGAAGCCGAAAGAAAAAGCACAGCCUAGCAGCUCAGAAGACGAAUUGGACAACGUGUUUUUUAAGAAAGAAAAUGCAGAGCAGUGUCAGAACGAUACUAAAGCAGAAUCCAAAAAGGAGAACGAGGCAUCGGGCAGAAAACAGAGGAUCGCCACCUCCAAAGAAAAUAAUGCAAAGAAAGACAGCAGCGCCACGAAAGAUGAAAAGACAUCACUGCAGAAAGAGUGUGUGCCAUCCGAAGAACCCUCGCCCCCACACAUGUCCAAGCACAGCAAGUCACCCAGCCUGAGCUGCCGCCUGGCCGUCCUGAAGGAGGGCGCCCGGCCCCCGGGGGCGCAGAAGCCCUCCCAGUGUGAAGAGACGGGGUCGGACUCCGGCACCUUGCUGAGCACUUCUUCCCAGGCGUCUCUGGCGAGGUUUUCCACGAAGAAAUCCACCAGCCCAGAAGCCAAAUACGGUGAGUUUUUGGCCAGUGUCGGCACCAUCACCUCCGAUUACUCGACCACAUCAUCUGCCACGUACUUGACCAGCCUGGACUCCAGCCGGCUCAGCCCCGAGGUGCAGUCCGUGGCAGAGAGUAAGGGGGACGAGGCCGACGACGAGAGGAGCGAGCUGAUCAGCGAAGGGCGGCCCGUGGAGACCGACAGCGAGAACGAUUUCCCCGUCUUCCCGGCCGCGUGGGCUUCCGAGCGGCUGUUCCGAGGGAAACUGCAGGAAGCCCCCAGGGCGAGCCGGCGGAAUUCGGAGGGCAGCGAGGCGAGCUGCACCGAGGGCAGCCUCACCCCCAGCCUGGACAGCCGCCGGCAGCUCUUCAGCUCCCACAAGCUGAUCGAGUGCGACACGCUGUCCAGGAAGAAGUCCGCCAGGUUCAAGUCGGACAGCGGGAGCCUGGGCGACGCCAGGAAUGAGAGAGAACCGCCUGCCAUAACGAAGGUAUUCGAUGUGAUGAAGAAAGGGAAAUCAACGGGGAGUUUACUCGCGCCGGCCAGGAGCGAAUCGGAAAAGCAGGAGCCCACCUGGAAGACGAAAAUAGCAGAUCGGUUAAAACUGAGACCCCGCGCCCCUGCCGAUGACAUGUUUGGAGUAGGGAGUCAGAAACUGAACGCCGAGACCGCCAAGAGGAAGAACAUCCGACGCCGACACACGCUCGGAGGCCACCGGGAUGCUUCCGAAAUCAGUAUUUUGAAUUUUUGGAAAGUGCCGGAGCAGAGCGGAGGAGAGUCGGAACUUUCGGCCAUGACGCGGUUGAAGCCCAAAUGCUCGGCCCAGGACUUGUCCAUCUCAGACUGGCUCGCGAGGGAGCGCCUGCGCACCAGUGCCUCGGACCUCAGCCGGGGAGAAGCGGGGGACCCCCAGCCGGAGCGCUCGGGCGCUUUAGAAAUUCCCACGGUGGACACGCCUGUGUCUUUCCAGGCCGAUGCCGGCGGUUCUCUCAGUACCUCGGCUUCAACUCCCAGGCCCCUCCUUUCCAUACCACCCCAGUCACCUGACCAAAUAAAUGGAGGAAGCUUCCAGAACAUGAGCCAGAAUGCUAGUUCUGCAGCGAAUGCCCCACCUCAUAAACUGUCUGAGUCCCCAGGCAGUAAAGCACAGCUUCAUCCCUGUCUUUAACCUGGGGUAUGUUCGCUACAGCAAAUAAGAAGCUACUGUUACAGUUCCAGUAACUUUGUAAAUAUUUUCUUGUACCAGAAUUGUUAUUAUGCAGCCCUCAUUUGGGCUGGUUUUAUCAUUUUGCACUGUGAAAUAGCUUUACAGUGCAUCACUACAGCCAGAAGAACACACACAUAUAUAUAUUUAAAGAUAUAUUGGAUAGUUGUAUACAAAUGAGUAAGGUAUUUGUCGCAACUUACUGCAUAGUGUAUACCCAAGAUGACUGGAGAAAAGAGCCGGCAUCCGUGUGCAGCAGAUUUGUUCUUUUGGUUUCAUCACUAACGGAAGUGCCUCAUCAUAAAAAUCCAUUUGGUCUUUAGGGUGCCAUAUUGUUAAAAUUAGAUGACUUACAUGCAACUAAUGAGUGCAUUUUAAGGGUAACAAAUUUCAUUACAUUUACCAGUUUUAACACAGGUGGAUACAGAACUUCCAUUCGUUAGUCAUUCCAGGUGGAUCUCAGUUUUAUAUUCAAACUUUUAAUACAGUUUUUGAGUUUUGUGUGACUUGAAUUUUUAAUCUUUCUGUAAAAUACGUAACUUAAAUGAUCAUAUUAUAUGUGUAUCUUUUCUUCAGAUACCAGAUUUGAUAUAAAUGUUGUAACAUAGGUGUGUAGAUAGUGGCCUGGAUGGAACUGGCUUCUUUAUUGAGAAGAAUAUAAUUCUGCAUGAGGACUUAAUGAUCCCAACUGUGUCAUGCCUGUGUGCAUACCCAAUUAAACACUGGAAAUAAACUUGUUUUGGUGAA